CGUUCUCCUCUUCAGAUCGUCUCACUCUUUCUUUCACUCUCUCAGUCGGUAUUUUGAGAUUUUUUUUUUUUUUAAUAUUAAAAUUUGGGAUUUUAGCAUUUCAAUGGGUGGGCUAAACAAAAUCACUCAGCAAGGUUUUCUUUUUUAAUUUUUUUGGGACUAAUUCGUGUUGUUACUUGGGCCUUUGGGCUUAUUUCAAUGUAAGUCCUCUCUCUCUCUCUCUCUCUUCGAAAUUAUUGAAUGAGAAGAAGAUGAACCAAAACUCUUCAGAAAGUCUUCCUACAAAGUAGAGCCCUUGUUUAUACACGCAGUUGACUUGACUAAAAGAUAACCAAACACAUAACCCAUCUCCACCAUUUUUAUUUGAGUUUGAAUUUGAGUUAUCUACAAAACGUACCCAGCCGAAUUCAGAGAUUUAAUUAUAUAUAUUGAGUUUUAGAAAAUAUAACGAACGGUGAGACUUCAACGGCGUUCAUCGAUGGCGUUACUGGCUUCGUCACAGCGAGUAGCAGGGUGAUGUACGUUUGGCUGGAUUGAGUUUAUUUGCUUAACUUUGUGAACCUCCAGUUCAACUGGCCGUUCUCAUAAAUUAACCCAAAAAAAAAGAUCUACAUAUAUAGUGAUUCAAUAUUUAGUAGUAGUGUAUUUGCAAUGGCUUUCAUGGGAAUGGAAACUGCCUCGUCAUCUUUCCCAAGUUCUACUACUGAGCGAUGGAAGUAUGAUGUUUUCCUCAGCUUUAGAGGCGAGGACACCCGAAACAAUUUUAUGGAUCAUCUAUUUAAUGCUUUUACAGAGAAAGGCAUUAACGCUUUUAAAGAUGAUAAAAAACUUGAGAAAGGAAAAUCCCUCUCACUAGAGCUGUUGAAAGCAAUAGAAGAAUCAAGAUUUGCUAUCGUUAUUCUCUCAAAAGACUACACAUCUUCUACUUGGUGCCUAGAUUAACUUGCAAAUAUCAUUGCUUGCAAGAAAGAUAUUGAAAUGGCAAUUUUACCUGUUUUUUACUAUGUUGAUCCAUCUAAUGUACGAAAAAAAAUGGAAACUUAUGCACAGGCAUUUGUUGAAAAUUAAAAAAAUGAGGAAAAAAAAAGGGUGGAUAAAUGGAGAGAUGCUUUGAGACAGGUGGGCAACCUCGCCGGAUGGCAUUUAAAGGAUACUAGUGUGGAUGCAUGACUUACUUGAAGAAAUGGGUAGGAACAUAGUUCGUCGAGAGUGCCUUGAUGAUCCUGGGAAGCGUAGUAGAUUGUGGGAUUACGAGGACAUUGACAAAAUGUUAAAAAAAAAAUAAGGGGACAGAAGCACUUAAAGCCAUGGAUAUUGUGAGUACUUAUAAUGAACAACACGAUGUAUGUUGGAACCCUGAGGCCUUUUCGAAGAUGGACAAUCUUAAGUAUCUUAGAAUUUAUGGCAUUCUCCAUGUCCCCACACACCUUCCUAAUGAUUUAAGAAUUCUUGAUUGGAUUUUGUAUACAUCAAAAUAUUUGCAAUCAAGUUUCCAGCUUGUUGAGCUUGUUCAACUUUGUUUGCAACAAAGCAAAAUUGAACAACUUUGGACAAGAAUAAAGAAUUUUGACAAGUUGAAGUUCAUUGACUUGACCGACUCCUCGGACCUGAUUAUAACUCCAAACUUCACUGGAGUCCCAAAUCUUGAGAAAUUAGUUCUUGUAAGGUGUACAAAUUUACGCAAGAUUGACCCAUCUAUUGGAAUUCUUAAAAAACUUAUUCAUCUUAAUUUACAAGAUUGUGAAAGACUAAUUCGUCUUCCAAGCAAGUUUGGAAUGGAGCCUCUUGUGACUCUUGAAAUUUCUAAUUGCUCAAAACUCAAGACAAUUCCAAAAUUUGUGGCAAACCCGAAAUUCCUACAGGAGCUUUCUUUGGAUCGCACUACUAUUGUAGAACUAAUUAAAAACUUGCCAGAGAACCUAUGGAUAAUCAAAGGCCUAGAGAUACUUGAUUUGAGCAAAGUAGAUAUAGAAGAGCUGCCUUCAUCAAUUGAACGUUUGACUGACCUUACUUCAUUGACUCUAAGAUAUUGCGAGAAUCUUGUGAGCCUUCCUAACACCAUUUGUAGUUUGAAGUUGCUUAAGUCUCUUGAUCUUUUUGGAUGCUUAAAAUUUCGUAACUUGCCAAAGAACAUAGGAAAUGUAAAAAGUUUGGAGUUGCUUAAUUUGUGUUGGACAGACAUAAGAGAUGUUCCUUCUUCCAUUGCCCUCCUUAAAAAUCUGAAACAUCUAUAUAUCUGUAGAUGGAAGUCAUUUGAAUUUUAUUCCCUGCCAAAAAGUCUUGAGUUGAUGGGCCUAGUAUUUCCUUCAUUAAUUUCCCUGACAACAAGUCAUCGGAUGGCCUUUUUAAUGAAUCGUUCGAGCCCAGAAUUUGUUUCCACACUACAAGUUCCUCAACCAUUAUUGCCUUCUUUUUUAGGUCUUCAAUCUUUAACAUAUUUGCAUCUUACUGACUUCGAGCUUACGUCAAUCCCCAAUGACAUUGGCUGCUUGUCCUCUUUAGAAUGCUUAAAUCUAAGUGGAAAUCAUUUUGUUUCCCUUCCUCAAAGCAUGUCUCAACUCUCUAAUCUUCGAAGACUCCAUUUGGAGGGUUGCACAAGGCUUCAAUCAUUGGAAAAUGUUCCUUCCAUUAUUGAUAUUGUAAUUGCAAACAAUUGUACCUCACUGUGGAGAUUGCCAGAACUGCAAUUUUAUACUUUUAGGUCAGAUCACUCCCAUUUGAAUUUCCAGUUUGUUAACUGCUUCAAAUUGGUUAGCUAUUAUCAAGUUAGCGGUAACAUGCUUCAGGGACAAAGUGGUAUACUACCAGACAUCUUUGACAUUAUUAUUCCUGAAGGUUACUUUCUUGAAGUUCGCUUUCCAAAAAGGUUUGAACAUGAAUUUGUAAGUCAUGAAUUGAAGGAACAAGUGCCUUAUGGGUGUGAUGAGCUUAUGGGAAUUGAGUUGUGCGUUGGUUUUUCAGUCCCAAAGGUUUCUAACACCUCUAAAGAUUUUCUACUUAAAUGUUGGAUUAAAGUCAAUGGAUUUGAAAACGCAUCACCAAUACGCUCUUCUUUUAGGGCAAACUAUGGUGGAGUUAGUUCACGUCACCUUUGGCGGCUCUAUUUGUCUCCUCACUAUUUCGACUCCCAAUGGGGAGAAAAUUUUUGUCAAAUUGAUGGGAAUGGAUCCAAUAAAAUUGAGAUUAGAAUAAGUACUUCAAAUAACUUGGAGGUGGAGAAAGUUGGGAUUCAUUAUGAUAUUAAUAAUGAUUCAACCUCCAAAGGUACCCAAAAUAAUUGAAGCCAUGACGAGGAUGAUGGGGCUGGGCCUUGUGGAGAAGGCUAUUCAAAUGACAAACCACCUCCAAAGACAUGGAGGAUGUAAAAAUGAAUCAAGUAUAAGAGAAUUUUUUGACUUCUUUGCCUGAGGAGAUCAAACUUCCAAGAAUCUUAAAGCCCAUUGCGGUGGUAAUUAAGAGGGAUAGAAACCAAACGCACGUUGAAGAAUUAGCAAACCUGGGCUCUUGCUAAAGUUGUCAAGGACUCAAAAUGAUUAUGGCGUAACCGUUUCACCUGUACUUAUGGAAUUCCCAUUUGAUGGUUCCUUUUGUUGAUUUUGUGGAAUGGCAGUGAUAAAGUUGGGUUCACUUGAGCUUGAGAUCAGUUUUACCAUGGCCUGGCUGCUGUGGCAUAAUCUUGAUGAAAUUGGGUUAAGAGAAACUGCAAGUUCUGUCGAGACUUUGUGCGGCACCAUGGUGGAAUGUUAUUGAUGAAUCGAGCUGUUACAUUUAGUCUUGAUAUUGGAAUACAAGACCUCAUGGUGGACUUCCAAUUCCAGGUUGAUAGUUCCAUUGAAGUUGAAUGAAAGCUCUUCAUUUGAGGCCAAGAAAGAUAUAAAAGUUCUCACACUGCAGGUUUUUUAACAAAUUUCUUCAGUUUUCAUGCAAUAUUAAAGAAGUGUAAUCUAACAGCCCAUGGUUUAGUGGGGUAUGCAAAGGAGAAUGAGGAGACCUCAUGUCUGGGGGACUGUCCUCUCUUUAUUCUUCCUUCUGUACAGAAAAUUUAAGUUAAUUAAAAUCUGUCUCUUCAGUUUCUUUUCA